AUGCCAGGCGUAGUGAAGGGCCCUUCGACGCUCUAUGACAAGGUCUUCGAGCAGCACAUUGUCGAUGAGCGGCCAGAUGGAACCGUUCUGCUCUACAUCGAUCGCCACCUGGUGCAUGAAGUAACGAGCCCCCAAGCAUUCGAAGGCCUCACCAACGCAGGCCGUCAAGUGCGGCGACCGGAUUGCACCCUUGCCACCACCGAUCACAACGUGCCAACGACAUCCCGGAAAAACUUCAAGAAUAUCAGCGAUUUCGUCGAGGAGGAGGACAGCCGUUUACAAUGCACGACGCUCGAGCAGAAUGUCAAGGACUUCAAGCUCACCUACUUUGGACUUGGAGACAAGAGGCAGGGAAUCGUACACGUGAUUGGGCCCGAGCAGGGCUUCACUCUGCCCGGAACUACUGUGGUGUGCGGUGACUCUCACACCAGCACCCACGGGGCGUUUGGUGCUCUCGCUUUUGGUAUCGGAACCAGUGAGGUCGAGCACGUCCUGGCUACUCAGACUCUCAUGACCCGAAGGAGCAAGAACAUGAAGAUCCAAGUCGACGGUGAACUUGCACCGGGAGUUGGCAGCAAGGACAUUGUUCUGUAUGUCAUCGGCCAGAUUGGUACUGCUGGAGGUACUGGACACGUCAUUGAAUUCUGCGGCUCUGCGAUUCGCGGUCUCAGUAUGGAAGCCCGCAUGAGCAUGWGCAACAUGAGUAUCGAGGGUGGUGCCCGCGCGGGUAUGGUUGCUCCAGACGAAACUACGUUUGAAUAUAUCAAGGGCAAGCCAUUGGCGCCAAAGAAGGACUCUGAGGAAUGGACCAAGGCUUUGAAACACUGGCAGGCUCUGAAGAGUGAUGAUGGUGCCAAGUGGGAUGCUGAGAUCUUUAUUGACGCCAAGGACAUUGCUCCAACGGUAUCUUGGGGCACCUCGCCUCAGGACGUGGUGGCCAUCACUGACAAGGUGCCCGGACCUGACGACUUUGACGACAAGGACAAGAAGCAAGCUUGCAUACGAUCUCUGGAGUAUAUGGGACUGGAGGCUGGUKUCCCCAUGACAGAUGUAGUCAUCGACAAAGUCUUCAUCGGAUCCUGCACCAAUUCGCGAAUCGAGGAUCUUCGCAUCGCCGCACACAUUGUCAAAGGCAACAAAGUUGCUCCCAACGUCAAGCGAGCAAUGAUCGUCCCUGGGUCUGGUCUGGUCAAGCAGAGGGCUGAGUCAGAAGGUCUCGACAAGAUCUUCACCGAUGCUGGCUUUGAGUGGAGAGAAGCUGGUUGCUCCAUGUGCUUGGGAAUGAACCCGGACAUCCUCUCCCCUGGCGAGCGUUGUGCAAGCACUAGCAAUCGUAACUUUGAAGGUCGUCAAGGUGCCGGAGGUCGGACGCACUUGAUGUCCCCCGCCAUGGCUGCAGCCGCAGCACUUGUUGGCAAGCUCGCAGAUGUGCGGAAGCUUGCCGGGUACGAGCAGGCACUGCCAAAUGCCAAGUCUGGACCAGCGGCUAUCGAGCCUCAGGUGGAAGACCCAGAGUCCGAUGUGGAUCUCGACAAGCUCAUGGACUUGCCUCAGUCCGAGACUGGUGGCAACGGUACCCAGUCGAAGGCUCCUUCGGGUGGUGCUGCCGGCAUGCCGCCAUUCACUCAAUUGAAGGGUAUCGCGGCGCCAAUGGAGAGAAGCAAUGUGGACACCGACGCCAUUAUUCCCAAACAAUUCUUGAAGACAAUCAAGCGUGCGGGUCUUGCGUCGGGUCUGUUCUACGCGCUGCGCUUCAACCAGGAUGGAAGUCUCAACAAAGACUUUGUGUUGAACCAAGAGCCGUACACUAAAUCGAAGAUACUUGUGGUGAGCGGUCCAAACUUCGGAUGCGGUUCGUCCAGAGAGCACGCGCCUUGGGCUCUCCUUGACUUUGGCAUCAAGUGUGUCAUUGCCAGCUCAUUCGGAGAUAUCUUCUUCAACAACACCUUCAAGAACGGCAUGCUGCCAUUGCAGAUCACAGAUGAGAAGGCGCUCCAGAGCAUUCUUGCAGAGGCAAAGGCCGGACGCGAAAUCGAGGUGGAUCUGGAAGCCAACGUUGUCAAGGAUGCAUCCGGCAAGGAACUCGCCAAAUUCGAGGUUGAAGAGUUCCGACGUCAUUGCUUGUUGAACGGACUUGACGACAUUGGCCUCACAUUCUUAGACGAGGACAAGAUCACCAAGUUCGAGAAACGAAGGAGUGCGGAGACCCCGUGGUUGGAUGGCUCAGGCUACCUGUCACGCCACAGGAGUGGAGCUGUCAAGGUGGAGGCUGCACCCGUUCCAAAGACGAAUCGUGGUGAGGAAAAGACGGAGCCUCUUGAGUGGUAG